UGAUAAUGCCUUUUGUGAUACGAAAUGUGCACGAGCAUAGUAAAUAAUAAUAAUAUUAUUAUACAUACGGUCGUGUCGUGUCCGUGUUUUCUUAUUGUCCCCUAUGGUGUUCUAAACAUUCACACUGAUAGAGUAUGGUACAACAAAGGCCUUUUAUUUAUUAGUUUAUAACUCCCCCGUUGUCGCGUUACGUUGCACGUACAUUACUAUUAUUAUUAUUAUUAUUAUUAUUAUUAUUUUCGGACGUCCAUUAUUACAUUAUUCACUGCCGAGUGCUGUACAUCACCCCCGCGCGAUAUAACACAAUUUGUGAUCGUUCCGUGCGCACAGCAAACGGCCGAGAGAUCAUCUUUGACGUUGUUUUAAUCAAUACGUUGUAGUAUGGUCGGUUGGACUGUCUAGAGUACGAAUUGCAACGAAAAAAAGUAACUUGGUUUUGACAAUUUAAUAAUGGAGGAAAAUAAUCCAACAUCGUCAUCUGCUAUAACUGAAAACCACGAAGACGAUUGCAAAAUAACAUGGACACAUCCAAGUCAUAUUUUUCAACGACUUAUAGCAUUAUUUUUGAUGUGUUUAAUUGGAUUCGGUUCAUAUUUUUGUUUUGAUAAUCCUGGAGCAUUACAAGAUGAUUUUAUUCAAGACAUGAAUUUAACAACUUCUCAAUUUGUUUAUUUGUAUUCGUGGUAUUCUUGGCCAAAUGUUGUAAUGUGCUUUAUUGGUGGAUUUUUAAUUGACAGUGUUUUUGGGAUACGUUUAGGUACCAUCAUCUACGCAUUGUUGGUUGUUCUUGGCCAAAUAGUAUUUGCUGCUGGUGCAUACUUGAAUGCCCUCUGGCUUAUGAUAAUUGGCCGUCUAAUAUUUGGAAUUGGCGGAGAAUCAUUGGCUGUUGCUCAAAACAACUAUGCAGUAUUGUGGUUUAAAGGAAAAGAACUAAAUAUGGUAUUUGGAUUUCAAAUAAGUUUUGCCAGAGUUGGUUCAACGGUGAAUUUUAUAGUUAUGGAACCAUUAUAUCGAUAUGUAAAAAAACAAAUAAGUGUCCCUAACUAUCAAAGUUUAUCAAUUGUUUUGUUAGUUGCAAGUUUGACCUGUGUUUUAUCAUUGGUAAGUGCCUUAUUACUUGCUUGGCAAGAUAAAAGAGCCGAAAAGUUACUUCAUCGAAAAAAACCAGAUGCUACUGAAGUUGUCAAAAUGUCUGAUGUGCGAUACUUUCCAAAAGUUUUUUGGAUAGUUACAUUUAUUAUUGUUUUCUAUUACACAUCAAUUUUUCCGUUUGUUGCAUUAGGAAAAGUAUUCUUUGAAAAAAAGUAUAACUUUUCACCUGAUUCAGCCAAUUUGAUUAAUGGAAUUAUUUAUAUAAUAUCAUCAAUCUGUGCACCAGGAUUAGGUUUAGUCAUUGAUAAAACUGGAAGAAAUCUAUUUUGGGUAUUCUUAUCAAUUCUUGGUACCUUGGUUUCGCAUAUGUUCUUGGCAUUUACAUUUGUAAACCCCUAUAUUGCCAUGUUCACAAUGGGAUUAUCUUACUCGAUGUUGGCAAGUGCAUUAUGGCCUCUUAUUGCUAUGGUUAUUCCUGAACAUCAAAUGGGAACAGCAUAUGGCAUAGCACAGUCUGUUGAAAAUCUUGGUCUUGCAGUUGUUGCUUUGUUAAGCGGUAUAAUUGUUGAUUCAGAUGGUUACUAUAUGGUGGAAUUAUUCUUCUGUCUUUUAUUAUCAGCUGCUUUGUUGCUGACAGCUAUUUUGUGGACAUGUGACUCCAUGAACAAAGGAGUUUUAAAUAUGAGUAUUCAUCAAAGAAAUCAACUUGAAUCCAACAAACCACCUUGUCCGGAAAAACAAAAUCUUUUACACAAUAAUGACACCUUCAUUGAAGACUAAAUCUUAACUAAAUAUUAACUUUAACUUUUAUGAUUACUUUUUAUAAGGAAGAAAUUAAUCUUUGAACAAUAUAUUAUUCUUAAAUAAAUAAAUCAUAACUUAUACGGAUUUAUUAAUAUCAUAUAUGUAUAACAAAUAUAUUCAUAAACCAAAUUAUAUGAAAUUCUUACUCAAACAUAGCAUUGUAUGCAUAUUAUGUAUUGUGCAAAAAUAAAUAUAAGCAGUAUGAAUUUUUUUAACAUAGAAGACUUAUUAUUUUAAAAUUAUCAUUUAUUUUUAUAUUAUUUUAAAUACAUUAAAGUAUACUUUGUAAAUGUUUAACUGUGAAUUAUAUUUUAUUAUUAAAACUAUAGCUAUGUCUUUCAAACUGAUACUAGUAUAAUUGUGUGGAAUUUGAUAACAUAUCUGAAGUCUUAAAUUAUUUACUCUGGCUUCUUACUUAUUUAGAUCAUUUACAUUUUUUCUGUUAAUAAUUGAUACAAAUAUUAUUUUAUUUUUUUUGUUUUUGUAAUAUUGUUUUUAAUAUAUAAUAUACCUAAUAUAAAAUAUUAUAAUAUUAAUUAUAAUAACAAUGAUAACAUUUUAAAUAACUGUUAGAUUACAACUUUAUGUUUGUACAUUUCUUAUUUUAACAUAAAAGUAGUAUGUUAUAAUUUAAAAUUACAGUUUUCUAAACAUUAUAAUUUUGAAAAAUUAGUUAAAAUAUUUAUUUAUUAUUAAGCGCUAAUUAUGAUAUUAAAAAAAAAAACAAAUGGAUUUUAAAUGCUGGGGUAAUACAAUUCGUAGUAUUUUCCUGCUCUCCUACUCUAAACUUAAAAAAAAAAUUACAAAACCGUGUUAUUAAUAAAAAAAAAAAAGGAAAGAUUAAUAAAUAAUUAUUCUGAUAUAAUAAGUCUGAUGUUAAAAAAUUCAUCUGUUUAACAUAAUCAAAAAAAUCUAUUUCAUAUUAUUGUUACCUAUUUAUUAUAAAAAAUUUUCAUAAAAAUAACAUAAUCGAAUUUGAGUUUUCAUUUAUUAUAAUUAAUUAUUAUAAUUUGGUUUAAUAAGUUUUAUGCUUUAGAUUGUUAUUAUUUUUAUACAAAUACAUUGUAAUCAAAAGUCUGUAAAACAUUUAUCUAUAAGAAAACAAAAUGUGCAAAGUACCUAAUAAUUAUAUUAUUAUGUAUAAAACACUUGCACAUCAAUUUUCAUAGACUAAUUGCAUAUGUGUUACCUAUAACCAUUAGGGAACAUAUUAUUAUUUGUUUAUUGUCAUUCCUUUUUUUAUAUGUUACGUAUUAUGUGUUAAUUAUAUUAUGUGAUCAGUUUUAAUUAUGUUACUUAUGUGUUAUACAUGUUUAACUAUAUUAUAAUAUAGGUGUGUAGUGAUAUUAUUUAAAUUACUACCUAUGAUACUAUACUUUUAAUGUUUAAGGUAUAGAUUCCCAUAGAAGUACUUAAUUGGUUUUCUCAUUAAAUAAGUUGACAAUUUGCUUAAAUUGAAUUAAAAAUGUACUCUAGAUUAUAAGAUAACUAUUAAAAUAUACUAUUGAUGUAAUGACCCUUGCUUGGUCAAGUAUAAAAAUUAAAUUUACCUGUGAGAUUAUAUAAAAAAUAAAGACAUUUUAAAAUCAA